GAGUCCAGGAUGAGUUAUGCAGAAAAACCUGAUGAAAUCACGAAAGAUGAAUGGAUGGAAAAGCUUAAUAACUUGCAUAUCCAGAGAGCAGAUAUGAACCGCCUUAUCAUGAACUACCUUGUUACAGAGGGCUUUAAAGAAGCAGCAGAGAAAUUUCGAAUGGAGUCUGGAAUUGAACCCAGUGUUGAUCUGGAGACUCUCGAUGAAAGAAUAAAAAUUCGAGAAAUGAUAUUGAAAGGACAGAUUCAAGAAGCCAUUGCGUUAAUAAACAGCCUCCAUCCGGAAUUGUUAGAUACAAACAGAUAUCUUUACUUCCAUUUGCAGCAGCAGCAUUUGAUUGAACUGAUUCGGCAGCGUGAGACAGAAGCAGCUCUGGAAUUUGCUCAGACCCAAUUAGCAGAGCAAGGCGAGGAGAGCAGGGAAUGCCUGACAGAAAUGGAGCGUACGCUGGCUUUGCUUGCCUUUGAUAAUCCUGAAGAAUCACCAUUUGGAGACUUGCUUAACAUGAUGCAGCGACAGAAGGUAUGGAGUGAGGUUAAUCAAGCUGUUCUAGACUAUGAAAAUCGUGAAUCAACACCCAAGUUGGCAAAAUUACUGAAACUACUACUGUGGGCUCAGAACGAGCUGGACCAGAAGAAAGUGAAAUAUCCCAAAAUGACAGACCUCAGCAAGGGGACGAUUGAAGAACCCAAGUAAAAUGUGUGCAGAUGGACAUCAAACAAUCUUAGUACUGCACAGUAUACAUUUAUAUCAGUCUGUGACUGAAAUAUUUUUACUACAGUACAGCACUCGAUUCAGAUUUUUCAAUGAACAUCUAAUUUGAAGGGAGAAAAGUCCCUUUUAAAUGCUGCAAAAACUGCAUUGAAAGGCGCUGUAUCUCUUUGAAAGUCUGACUUAGGCUAUGCACUAUAAUACAUUUUUAAAAAAACAAUUAAACAGGACAGGAAAAAUAGCAUUUUUAAAAAUACAAAACUCAAGCUUUCUAAUUGGCUACUGAUACCUAGUUUAGUGGCCGGUGAGUUAAUACGGAGUUAUAUUGGCAACUAUUCAGUUAAGUUUAACUGUCUCCUGUUUGAAAUGUGUAUAUAGAACAGUGAAUAUUUUCUACCUUUAAGUUAUAGCCAGAUAUACAUUCCCCUUAAAAGUAACUGGUCAAGUUUUCAUCUAUAAACUUUGCAGUAAGGUCAACCUUUUGCUUAGGAAAUAGUGUACAAACUUGUAAAUCAUAAUUUAAGGACUUUUUUUUUUUUUUUUUUCCAUUUCUGACUUUUUGGUGCUUUAUAUGGCGAGAGCUAUGUUCAUAAUGGAUCAGUGACCCAUCUUUUCAGGAGGAGUAUUGUUGGAAAUAAGUUGUGUUUUUUCUUAAUUUUCACGAAUGACCAAAACGGCCCCCCGAGGCGUUUGAGGGUUUUUGUCAACAGGGGCCUUCCCCCCUAUAUUAAAUUUGCAGCUGUAGACACUGCAGUCCUUCUGCUGAGGCUUUGAAGGCUGCUGGAUGUUUGUAAGCUAAAAGACACGCUUGUGUUAGAAAAUUCAGUGGGGGGGAGAGGUGCUCGUUGAAGCCUCUGAUGUGUCAUCUUGUGCAGGGUCUGCCUUUAUGCUUGCGGAAUAAGAAUCGUAGUUUUAGAGCUACUUGGGCUGUUUUUAUGCCUCGAGCUGAGCAGAGCAGGGCUGUCUAAAAACAGCAAUUUCCGUUUUCUGAUUGCUUCCGUACCUUUCUGAAGAGAUGCAGUUCAUCUUCAUCUGUAUUUGUUUUCUGACUGUCCUCACUCCAGUUAGGAUUAUAGUUUUACUGUUUUACACGUGGAGUCCAGACUUUCAAGUCAGUAAAUUGUAAUCUUCUGGGUAUGGGAUGUUCUGGUCGACUCAGUUUUGCAGCACUGUCCACUGGUAUGUAUCCAGUGGUUGCAAGCACUAAUCUUGCCAAAUCGAUCUUUAGAUUUUUAGGUCUGGAUAUCAAGUUAACACAGAUUUGCUGAACAAAGACCGAGCUGAUGGGUGAAAUAGCUUAACAUCAUGAGACACUGGCAGCUGUCACACCAGUCCCAUACUGUACAUAAUCUAGUCUUGUAUGGUAGAUAUUACCCUGUAGAAUGAAACUUAGUUUUCACUUAAUUUUACUGGAAUACUUACGCAUUAAACUGUAUAAAGCUUUGCAGAUACACCUGACUUACGGAAACUAACAAAACCUGUUACUGAUUGCAUUACUGUGAACACUGUUUACUUGUGUAGCUAUUUUUUUGUGGGGGGAAAUCGUUGUUUGUGAAGCAGCUAUUAGAGAUGCAGAGCGCCGAGGUUAAGCUGGAUGAUGGAUACAACAAAAUGAUUUGUUCCCAUUUAUUACCGAUCAUUCUGUUCUCCACUUUGAGGCAUUUGUGGUAUGGAGGUCUUAAAGUUUAUACGUAACAAACAAGCUAUCAGUAGCCCCCCCCCCAACUACUACAGCGGUCUAGCUUUCCUUCACCCAGGCUGGUUAUUCUAACAUCAAACUUUUAACAGUUGUGGGUUAUUUUGGGUUUUUUGUUUGUUUGUUUGUUUGUUUUUUUCUUUUUCCAGUCGGUUGUUGUCUGAAGACCAUGUAUAACUUUUAGUUUGUGAGAAACUGUAUGGUUAAUGUAACUUUGUUUAAUAACAAACUGCAGAAACAAAACUGGAAUAGCUCUAAUUUCUUCAUAUGUAACUGAUCAGCUUUUCCUCUGUUCUGACACUUGUGUUGUUAAAUCUCAUCUAAAGCUUCUCUCGGAUGAAGUGGAAAGUGGUGCGUUUUUGUAGCAUGACUAGCAUUUUUCUCCAUGAGAAAUGCAGUAUUACAGUCCUGGUUGAGAAGUUCACUGUACUUCUAGAACGCUACAUUAAUUUCGUACAGUAUUUGGGCAAAGAUUGAGCAUAGAUUACUUGAAUUUUCACUAGCUUGGUUUUUUUUUCCAUUAAAAAAUAAACAUGUUUUUUAAGGGGUUUAAUAUAAAAUUAGUAGAGAACUAUUUCACUUUGUUUUUAUGAACAUGCCACAUUGAUAAGCAGCUUUAAUCUGUAAAGUUUUUGGUAACUGCAAGAAAAUAUUCGAAAGCUAUGCAUUUUAGAGAAAGCAUAAAUGUAGUGAUAAUGGUACUUCUAAGGAUCUUUAUAUUAGUGUAUAUAAAAUAGUUUGCAUAUACAAAUAUAAUAUAUAAUCUGUUUGAAAUAUUCUUGAAUGGUAGGGGCUGUGAAACAUAAUUUAUGGAAAUACUGUACACAGUAAACAGAUCUCAGUACACGAAUGAACUUUUGUCAUAUGCAUGAGAAAUGUCUUAUUUGGUGACUACUAAUGAGUGGGAUUUUGUUAACCCGUUUUUGUUAGAUAACCACUUUAACAAAUAAUAUUAAAUGCCACUUUGAUCAGU